AUCGGGGCCUUGGGGAGCCCAGGAUGGAGGUGGCGGUCGCGGUGGCGGCGGCGGGCCGAGCCCUGCGGCAGGCGGGAGGAGGUGAGCACCGGGCCCACUGAGCCUCUGCAGAUCUGCCGCCAGCCAUGCCCGGGAUCGUAGUGUUCCGGCGGCGCUGGUCAGUGGGCAGUGAUGACCUUGUCCUGCCAGCCAUUUUCCUCUUCCUCCUGCACACCACCUGGUUUGUGAUCCUGUCUGUGGUGCUCUUCGGCCUGGUCUACAACCCACACGAGGCCUGCUCCCUGAACCUGGUGGACCACGGCCGUGGAUACUUGGGCAUCCUGCUGAGCUGCAUGAUCGCCGAGAUGGCCAUCAUCUGGCUGAGCAUGCGUGGGGGCAUCCUCUACACUGAGCCCCGCGACUCCAUGCAGUACGUGCUCUACGUGCGCCUGGCCAUCCUGGUGAUCGAGUUCAUCUAUGCCAUUGUGGGCAUCGUCUGGCUCACUCAGUACUACACCUCCUGCAACGACCUCACUGCCAAGAACGUCACCCUCGGGAUGGUCGUCUGCAACUGGGUGGUCAUCCUCAGCGUUUGCAUCACUGUCCUCUGCGUCUUUGACCCCACGGGCCGCACCUUUGUCAAGCUGAGAGCCACUAAGAGGAGGCAGCGCAACCUGCGGACCUACAACCUGCGGCACCGCUUAGAGGAGGGUCAGGCCACCAGCUGGUCGCGCCGGCUCAAAGUGUUCCUCUGCUGCACCCGGACGAAGGACUCCCAGUCAGAUGCCUACUCAGAAAUCGCCUACCUCUUUGCCGAGUUUUUCCGGGACCUGGACAUUGUGCCAUCCGACAUCAUUGCUGGCCUGGUGCUGCUCCGGCAGCGGCAGCGGGCCAAGCGCAAUGCCGUGCUGGACGAGGCAAACAAUGACAUCUUGGCCUUCCUAUCUGGGAUGCCAGUGACCAGAAACACCAAGUACCUCGACCUCAAGAACUCGCAAGAGAUGCUGCGCUACAAAGAGGUCUGCUACUACAUGCUCUUUGCCCUGGCUGCCUAUGGAUGGCCCAUGUAUCUGAUGCGGAAGCCCGCCUGUGGCCUUUGCCAGCUGGCCCGGUCCUGCUCGUGCUGCCUGUGCCCGGCCCGGCCCCGGUUCGCCCCCGGAGUCACCAUUGAGGAAGACAACUGCUGUGGCUGCAACGCCAUCGCCAUCCGGCGCCACUUCCUGGACGAGAACAUGACUGCUGUGGACAUUGUCUACACCUCCUGCCACGACGCGGUCUAUGAAACGCCCUUCUACGUGGCAGUGGACCAUGACAAGAAGAAGGUGGUGAUCAGUAUCCGGGGAACCCUGUCCCCCAAGGACGCCCUGACCGACCUGACGGGUGAUGCCGAGCGCCUCCCUGUGGAGGGGCACCAUGGCACCUGGCUGGGCCACAAGGGAAUGGUCCUCUCAGCUGAGUACAUCAAGAAGAAGCUGGAGCAGGAGAUGGUCCUUUCCCAGGCCUUCGGGCGAGACCUGGGCCGCGGAACCAAACACUACGGCCUGAUUGUGGUGGGCCACUCCCUGGGCGCAGGCACCGCUGCCAUCCUCUCCUUCCUCCUGCGCCCGCAGUACCCGACCCUCAAGUGCUUUGCCUACUCCCCGCCGGGGGGCCUGCUGAGCGAGGAUGCGAUGGAGUACUCCAAGGAAUUUGUGACUGCUGUGGUUCUGGGCAAAGACCUCGUCCCCAGGAUUGGCCUCUCCCAGCUGGAGGGCUUCCGCAGACAGCUCUUGGAUGUCCUGCAGCGAAGCACCAAGCCCAAAUGGCGAAUCAUCGUGGGGGCCACCAAAUGCAUCCCCAAGUCAGAGCUGCCCGAGGAGGUGGAGGUGACCACCCUGGCCAGCACGCGGCUCUGGACCCACCCCAGCGACCUGACUAUUGCCCUUUCGGCCAGCACCCCACUCUACCCACCUGGCCGCAUCAUCCACGUGGUCCACAACCACCCUGCAGAGCAGUGCUGCUGCUGUGAGCAGGAGGAGCCCACGUACUUUGCCAUCUGGGGUGACAACAAGGCCUUCAACGAGGUGAUCAUCUCGCCGGCCAUGCUGCACGAGCACCUCCCCUAUGUGGUCAUGGAGGGGCUCAACAAGGUGCUGGAGAACUACAACAAGGGAAAGACGGCCCUGCUGUCCGCUGCGAAGGUCAUGGUGAGCCCCACCGAGGUGGACCUGACUCCUGAGCUCAUCUUCCAGCAGCAGCCGCUGCCCACAGGACCACCCAUGCCCGCCGGUCUUGCCCUGGAGUUGCCAGUUGCAGACCACCGCAACAGCAGUAUCAGGAGCAAGUCCCAGUCCGAGAUGAGCCUGGAGGGCUUCUCAGAGGGGCGACUGCUGUCCCCAGUGGCCGCUGCGGUGGCCACCCGCCAAGACCCCGUGGAGCUGCUUCUGCUGUCCACCCAGGAGCGGCUGGCAGCAGAGCUGCAGUCUCGACGGGCACCACUGGCCACCAUGGAGAGUCUCUCGGACACGGAGUCGCUGUACAGCUUCGACUCACGCCGCUCUUCGGGCUUUCGCAGCAUCCGGGGCUCACCCAGCCUCCAUGCUGUGCUGGAGCGCGACGAGGGCCACCUCUUCUACAUCGACCCUGCUAUCCCUGAGGAAAACCCGUCCCUGAGUUCACGCACCGAACUGCUGGCGGCCGACAGCCUGUCCAAGCACUCGCAGGACACGCAGCCUCUGGAGGCGGCCCUGGGCAGCGGGGGUGUCACUCCUGAGCGGCCCGCCAGUGCAGCGGCCAAUGACGAGGAGGAAGAGGUGGGUGGGGGGGGUGGCGGGGCGACCCCGCAUGGAGAGCUGGCACUGCACAACGGGCGCCUGGGGGACUCACCCAGCCCUCAGGUCCUGGAGUUCGCAGAGUUCAUCGACAGCCUCUUCAACCUGGACAGCAAGAGCAGCUCCUUCCAGGACCUCUACUGCAUGGUGGUGCCUGAGAGCCCCACCAGUGACUAUGCAGAGGGCCCCAAGUCCCCCAGCCAGCAGGAGAUCCUGCUCCGAGCCCAGUUUGAGCCCAAUCUGGUGCCCAAGCCCCCGCGGCUCUUUGCCGGUUCAGCCGACCCCUCCUCGGGCAUCUCACUGUCACCCUCCUUCCCACUCAGCUCCUCAGGCGAGCUCAUGGACCUGACGCCCACGGGCCUCAGCAGCCAGGAGUGCCUGGUGGCAGAAAAGAUCCGGACCUCUACCCCCACUGGCCAUGGGGCCAGCCCUGCCAAGCAGGAUGACCUGGUCAUCUCAGCACGCUAGCACCCCAGUAGUGGCUGCCAGAUGUGGCCCAAGCUGGAGAAGGCGGCCCUGUGGGCACCUGGUGGCUGCCCCCAGGCCAGGCAGCUUUGAAGAGUGGCCCCAGGGGCCAGUUUAGCCUCAGACAUAGGGCAUUGCUGCUGAGCUGGGUGUCUGCAUCCCUACCUCAGCUUAGGACCCCCAGAGCCAGAGCCAGGGCAGCUGGGAUCUGGCCCCUCAAAUGGGGAGAGAUA